AUAUUCUUUUAAGACGUUCAGCGAAGUGGAUUUAAAAAGUAUCGAGAAACUAAAUUUUUUGUUAUUGUUGCUACAAACAGCAAUAAGUUAUGGGAUUAAAAUUUCUUCAAAUAAUCCUCCUUAUUGGAAUUGGAUCAGCCAAAGGAAAUAUUCAAAUAAAUCUUGAAUGUAAAUUUGAAGUAGAUGAAUUUGCAACAGUCGGUCGACAAUACACAUGCGUCGUUCAAAAUGAUUUAAAUAUUUUUAAUGAAAAUGCAUCAAUCCUCGAUAUAUUGGGAACACAUGCUGACAAUCAUACAAUUGAUUCUGUAUUUGCAUUAACAAUUGAAAAUAAAGCAACUAAAUAUUUGCCAACAAAUACUGGAGAAGUCUUUAUCAACUUGACAUCUUUGAGAGUUAAAAAUGGAAGAUUGAAGGAACUUCAUAAGGAUGAUUUACGUUCAAUGCCCAAAUUAAGGUAUCUUAACCUAGAUGACAAUGAUAUAGAGAUUCUUAAUGAUGAUGUCUUUGAAUAUAAUCCGCUACUUAAUUUGGUAUGGCUUAGUAACAAUAAAAUUAAGAAAAUUGGUGAAAAACUUGCAGAAAAUUUCAAAAAUUUAGUAAGUUUAGAUUUGACAAAAAAUUCUUGCACGACCAAAAGAUUUGCAGUAUUGCAAACAAAAUAUGCAAAUCCUUCAAUGCAAAGCAUUCAAAAUAAAAUCAACAUUCUUACGGAAAUUAUGCAAAGUUGUGCUAACUUUACUGACGUCAUUUAUGAAUUUGACAUUAAAUCCGAAGCACAAGAUCAUCUUGAUUUGAGAUCAUUUCAGGAACAAAUCAAAAACUUAAAUAUUCAACUGUUCAGCACCAAAUCCGAAUUGAAAAGCAUCAAACUUAAGUUGGCUGAAGAAAUGACAGCAAAAAAUAAAACAUUGGAAAUGCUUCUUGAGUUUAGAAGAAAUGAAUCAGAUUUAAAUAACGAGGUUGAUAAUACAAACAUCGCAGAGCUGGAAAUUAAGCUGAAGAAAGAAGAAAAAGAAGUGAGAAAUUUAAAGGAUGAAUUAAAGAAACUAAAAGGCAUCCACGAUGAAUUUUCUAACAUGAAGGAUGUAGUUAAGAAAUACGAAGAAGAAAUGUACAACUUUAAUGUACAAAAAGAACAAGAUCAAUUAAAAUUAAGGAAACUUUUAGCAGAAAAUGCUGAACUUAAAUUAGAAAAUAAAAAUCUUAAAAGUCGUAUCGCAGAAGCAAACAAAGACAAUCAAAUUGAUGAUACUUGGAAUAUAAUCACAAAUGGCAUGCAAGGAGAAGAUUUGGAAUUAACUGCAACUUCAGCUACCAUAGAUUCACCAAUAUAUAGACUUGAUCGUGAAGAGUCUGAAGGCGAAGAGAUGAUUGAGGAAACGACUCUUUAUGACUAUUACAGUUAAGGAACUGUUUAAGGAAUUCAAGUUUUUGUGUUUUUGAUGCUUUUUGAUGUAAACAAAUAAAAAAAAUUUUUUUAAAAAUAUAAUA